AGUGGAGGCCAGUGGAGGGAUUGGCAGAGAGGGGUGGAGGACACUGAGUGGAGGCCAGUGGAGGGGGUUGGCAGAGGGGGGUGGAGGACACUGAGUGGAGGCCAGUGGAGGGAUUGGCAGAGGGGGGUGGAGGACACUGAGUGGAGGCCAGUGGAGGGAUUGGCAGAGAGGGGUGGAGGACACUGAGUGGAGGUCAGUGAAGGGAUUGGCAGAGAGGGGUGGAGGACACUGAGUGGAGGUCAGUGAAGGGAUUGGCAGAGAGGGGUGGAGGACACUGAGUAGAGGCCAGUGUAGGGAUUGGCAGAGGGGGGUGGCGGAGAUGGAGCGGUUGGAAAGGUGAAUGAGUCUGGCAGCCGUAU